ACGGAAGUGAACUGUCGGAGUCACCCACGUUUUUUAAAAUGGUGGCCAACGAGGAAAAACAACAGGGCCAUAGAGCCGGCGUUUACAAACAGAAAAAUAAAGGGCACAAACAUGGCAAGCACCGGACGAAAGGCGAGAUUGAGAGAGAAAACAAAGGGAGAGUGUCAGUGACAACUCUCACCAAAAAACAGAGGAAAGAGCAAAGGAGAAUGGACAGAAGACACAAAGCCAGCCAGCUACGCAGGAACAAGAAAGACAUGGUCCUGGCAGAGAAGCGGCGUUUAGGCAGCAGGGACGGUCCUCCUCAUUUGGUUGCUGUGCUGUCUCUGCACGCUGCGGUCGACGCCGGUGUCGUGACCAAACUGCUGCGCGGUGAAGGAGCUGGAGGCGUCGUACACCAGGAGAGGUGUAUCACAGGCGUCAGUGACAGCUUUGGGCUGAUUCUGCCUCGAUUCAAACAGAGGUUGACCUUCUUGAGCCAAAGCACCGCUGACCUGCACUCCCUGCUGGACGUGGCAAAGAUUGCCGACAGUCUUGUGUUCGUGUUGGACUCCACUGAGGGCUGGGACAGUUAUGGAGACUACUGUCUCUCCUGUCUCUUCGCUCAGGGCCUCCCCAGCCACGCGCUGGUGUGUCAGGGCAUGUCCGAUCUUCCCGUGAAGAAGCGUGUGGAGUCAAGGCGAGCGCUGUCAAAGAUCACAGAGAUCCGUUUCCCCGACUCUCGUCUCUUCCCUGUGGACUCGGAGCAGGACGCCACUCUGCUCCUCCGACACCUGAGCACUCAGAGACAGAGGAAACUCGGCUUCCGCUCCAGGCGAUCUCACCUCCUGGGUCAGCACGUCACUUUUACACCCAACAGCCCCGCUGAGGGCACAGGGGGUGGUGGAGACACCGGCUUGGGGACGCUCCGCGUCUCCGGUUAUGUCCGCGGUCGUCCUCUGCGGGUGGACAGACUCGUCCACAUCACCGGACACGGAGACUUUCACCUCGGUCAGAUCGAUGCACCGUCAGACCCUCUUCCUGUCAACAUCACGUCCAGAGCAGGAAAACCUGGAAAAGGAGGCGAGGUUGACAUGAUGGACGCAGGUGAAGACGAGGCUCCGGUGCGAGUGUUGAUGACAGCAGACGUGUCCUGCAGAGAGAGUCUUCAGACUGAGGCUGACGUCGAUCCCAUGGACGGAGAACAGACGUGGCCGACAGAGACAGAGCUGCUGGAGGCUGAAGAGGCGAGGAAGCACAAACGAGUGAUGAAGGUUCCUAAAGGAACGUCAGAUUACCAGGCCACGUGGAUCGUCGAUGACGAGAAUGAUGAGGUAGAUGAAGAAAGCAGCGAUGAUGACGACGAUGAGGAUGACAUGAUGGACGAGGCAAUGGACGGCGGGGACGAUGAGGAGAUUGACUCUCAGGAUCCUGGUUCCUGUGGAUCAGAAGAUGAAGAGGAGGAGGAGGAGGAGGAGGUUUGCUCCACAGAGCGAGCUGGAGCAGACCAGCGCUAUGAUGAGCACAUGGAUGAGGCUGCAGAGGAAGAAGGCCUGAAACGUUACCGCGAGGCUCGAGCCAAUGAGAUGUUCCCAGAUGAGGUGGACACGCCCCUCGAUGCGGCGGCCAAAACCAGGUUCCAGCGUUACAGAGGUCUUAAAAGUUUCCGCUCCUCUCCCUGGGACCCGAUGGAGAACUUACCUCUGAAUUACUCGCGCAUCUUCCAGUUUCAGAGCUAUGAACGCACUCGCCACCGCAUCCUGGCCGAGACUGCGGCAGAGGAAGAAGGAGCCAUGGUCGGCUGGUACGUAACGCUGCACAUCACUGACGUGCCGCUCUCUGUGAUGGACAGCGUCCAGUCAGGCAAACCUCUGGUGGUGGUGUCGCUCCUGCCUCACGAACAGAAGAUGUCCGUGAUGCACGUCCUGGUGAGGAGACAUCCCAGCAACAUGGAGCCCAUCAAAUCCAAGGAGGAGUUAAUUUUCCACUGUGGAUUUCGGAGGUUCAGGGCCUCGCCCAUCUUCUCUCAGCACACCUCAGCUGACAAACAUAAGAUGGAGCGUUUCCUCAGAGCAGACGCUCCCGCCGUGGUGUCCAUUUACGCUCCCAUCACGUUCUGCCCAGCAGGCGUCCUGCUCUUCAAGCAAAGGACCGACGGAGACAUCCAGGACCUGGUGGCCACAGGAAGUCUGCUCAGCUGUGACCCUCAGCGUGUUGUACUGAAGAGGAUCGUCCUGAGCGGACACCCGUUCAAGAUCAACCGUCGCUCUGCUGUUGUCCGUUACAUGUUCUUUAACAGGGAUGACAUCAUGUGGUUUAAACCAGUGGAGCUGCGAACAAAGUGGGGUCGUAGAGGUCACAUCAAAGAGGCUUUAGGAACUCACGGUCACAUGAAGUGUGUGUUUGAUAACCAGCUCCGUUCUCAGGACACCGUUAUGAUGAACCUGUACAAGCGAGUAUUUCCUCGCUGGACGUACGACCCGUACGUCCCCUCGUCCUCCCCCUGGGAGAAGAGGGAGGGCGCUGUGGACAUGGACGACUUGGACAUGGACUAGUUAGAGAGCUGAAAACACAUCACAGAACCACAGAACAUCUUUUCACAAACACAUCGUUUUCAUCACGUUUAUAAAAAUAAAUCUAUAAUUGUGAUCCAAAA